AUGGAGGAGCCCGUGAGAAAGAACUAUAGCGAGAGGGGCGGUAAGGCCCAAAAAGUGAUAAGAAAGUUUGGGGCUCAGACACAGAUAGCAGAAAAGGGCAAAGAAACUUACCCUAUGUAUGAUAAGUGCAAUAAUCACCAUGGCGGGAGAUGCAUCAUCUGUCUCAGAUGCAACAAAGGAGGUCAUUUCGCUAAAGAUUGCAGGAGCGAAGGGAGACGAACAUGCCACGAGUGCAGAAGUCCGGAUCACUUCAGGAAUGCAUGCCCGAGACUGAACCGAGGGCCAGUUACUAACCCAACACGACCAGUCAACCAAGGAAAUCAAGGAGGCCAAGCACGAGGUCAAGCAUUUGAGAUUGGGGUAGAAGAAGCUAGGCAAAACCCGAACAUGGUCACAGGUACAUUCUUCCUGAAUAAUCGUUACGUAUCUGUAUUAUUUGAUUCUGGAGCAGAUAGGAGCUUCCUGUCACUAGAAUUUAGACCAAAUAUUAGUUUAAAGUCACAAAAGCUGAAAGAAGAUUUCGUUAUCGAGUUUGCUAAUAGACAGGUAGUUAGAACUAAAGACGUAAUCAAAAAUUGUACCUUACGUUUAGCCGGACAAAACUUUAGCAUAGACCUUAUUUCAAUCAGAUUAGGAAGCUUUGAUGUAGUUGUGGGUAUGGAUUGGCUAUCCAAAAAUCAAGCCGAGAUAUGUUGUUCUGAGAGUAUGAAGAUGCGGAAAUACUUGAAAAAGGAAUAUGUCACGUUUUUGGCCCACAUUGUGGAUAAGGGAAUCAAAGAGAAACACAUCCAGGAUUUUCCCAUAGUUUGGGAUUUUCUUGAGGUAUUUCCUGAUGAUCUGCCAGGAUUACCCCCGUUACGGCAAGUCAAAUUCCACAUUGACUUAAUUCCUAGAGCAGCGCCCGUGGCCAAAUCACCUUAUCGUUUGGCACCAUCAAAAAUGAAAGAAUUGUCAGAACAACAUGACAUACUGAUCUAUUCGCAAAACAAGGAGGAGCAUGAGCAACACUUAAAGUUGAUACUUGAGAUGUUAGGAGAUCAGAAAUUGUUGCCAAGUUCUCCAAAUGCGAAUUUUGGAUUCGUAAGGUGCACUUCCUUGGUCAUGUGGUAA